CCGCAGCACUCAAACCUCAAACGCGCCGCGGUGCUCUUCGCCCAUUCGGGCGACCCCGAGUCCCGAAACGCGCGCACCCCGAGCUCCAGGCGGGACUUCCUUUCUCCUGCGGAUGCGCUGAUAUUAGGGUAAGCAGGCAGAAAGGGCUUGGUCGGAGUGUCACCGGUCUAUCCGCGCGCCUCUGGACAGCAGAUGACCUGGCCGACGACUCCGCUGCCGCUGAAGCCCCGUAGAUGAAUCUCCUCCUCGGCUAUGCUGCCCUGAGAGCGCCGCGAGUAUCCGCCCCGCCAACAUGUCUGAUGUCAACAAGACUAUUCAGAAAUGGCACGCCAGUUUUAAGAAAGGCACAGACUUUGACUCGUGGGGACAAUUAGUGGAGGCUAUAGAUGAGUACCAAAUUUUGGCAAGACAACUGCAAAAAGAAGUCCAGUCAACAAAUUCAUCAGACUUCACCGAAGAGCAGAAGAAAACUCUGGCAAAGAUUGCAACAUGUCUGGAGAUGAGAAGUGCCAGUUUGCAGUGCACUCAGUCAAAGGAAGAGUUCAACUUAGAAGACCUGAAGAAACUGGAAACCAUAAUUAGAAAUGUACUCACCUACAACAAAGAGUUUCCAUUCGAUGUUCAGCCGGUGCCGUUAAGGAAAAUCUUUGCUCCAGGUGAAGAGGAGAACCUCGAGCUGGAAGAGGAGGAGGAUGCCACAGCGGGAGCAGGUUCAACAGAAGCUUUUCCGCCACGGGCUCCUGCAGCUUUGCAAGGUACCUUGUUACCACGGCUACCCUCAGAGCCUGGGAUGACGCUACUUACAAUAAGGAUUGAAAAAAUUGGGUUAAAGGACGCCGGACAGUGCAUUGAUCCUUACAUGACCAUCAGUGUCAAAGAUGUAAACGGUGUCGAUCUGAACCCGGUGCAGGAUACCCCCGUGGCCACCAGAAAGGAAGACACGUACAUUCACUUCAGUGUGGACGUGGAGGUCCAGAGACAUGUGGAGAAAUUACCAAAAGGAGCAGCUAUCUUCUUUGAAUUCAAGCACUACAAACCCAAAAAGAGGUUCACCAGCACAAAGUGUUUUGCCUUCAUGGAAAUGGACGAGAUCAAACCCGGGCCGAUCGUAAUUGAGCUGUACAAGAAGCCCACGGACUUUAAGAGGAAGAAACUGCAGCUUCUCACAAAGAAACCACUUUAUCUCCAUCUUCAUCAGACGUUACACAAAGACAGCUAAGUCGGAGCACGCUUCGAACCUUCGAAGGCCUCUCUCACAUCCACAUCCAGCAAAAUGUGGUGUUCCCCCUCAUCGCAUCAAGCAAUACUAAAAAAACAACAACAAAAAACCUGUGGUAUUUCUUUUUUAUUUUUUCCAUGAGUAUUUGAAGAAAGUAAAGUGAACAGAGCUGGGUUCCUGUCGUGUCAGCUCACACUCAGAUUUUAAAGUCUUUGAUUUUGUUGUGAAGUGUAGGAAAUACCAAGUUUUCCAGAAUCCAGAAGUAGCAUGUUCAAACCACCUCAUUUCAGUCUUCCGUAGCUCACUGAUUUUUUUUCUUUUUUUCGGGGGGUCAGGAAGAGGCCGUGAGCAUCUGCAUCUGAAUCCUUCAAUGUUCAGUUUAGACUUUUAAGUUCGGCAAACCAAGGAAGACAUGAAAUAAAUUAAAGACAAAACAGCCACAGCUUGUUCCAUUGAGCCACAAAAGAAGUGCUUUUUGUAAUCCGGGUGUAUUUAUGAAGUCCGGAGUGCACUACAAUAAUAAACUUUUAUCAUUUUUAGUUAUGAACGGUUCAUAAUCACACAUCUAAAACAGGUAUAACAGACGCAAGAGCGACGAGUCCUGACGUUUCCUCAUUUUGUCUUAAAACUAGUGAAUUAACAGAAAUUUAAAGGGGCACUAACCUGACAAAGAAUCUGUUUACUGCCUGUCGCAGACUCUGUCUCACAGUUUUGUUUCCUGCUUUAACAUUUACAGUUCCUGACAUUUAGCAGCUUUGAAUUAAAGGUGGCUUAUUUUGCACAGAUUCAGCUGCCGCCAGCUCACUAAGUAACAUGUUGUAAGUUUCCCCGCUCAAAAUGUCAAACUGUAUCUGUUUAAACUUACACUCACUGGACACUUUA